CCAAAGAUAGCUGGAUUUAAAGGUGGUGCCUACUUAGAAAACUAUUAAGCCGUUUAAAUAACCACUAUUCAUGCAUGGCGGGUACCAUUCACGGACGGUACACGUUAAAGGUCAACUAUUUACUUUUGAUUGCACACAAUAUCGGUAUAAUGCGGUCGAAUCUUUUCAUCGUUUACUUCGGGUCCGUGUUCACAUGGGUGGCCGCCGUUACCGACAAAACGUUUGCCGAAUCAUCUUAUGAGACCGGCCCGGUUCGUCGAGUCCAACAAACCCGGCCCGACUACAUCCCCCACGACAACAGGAGGAAACUCGACCACAACGGGUACACAUCAGCAGAUAGCAUACCCGAUGAGUUCGAUGCCCGGGAAUAUUUUACAAAAUGCACCAGAGUUCUGAGCCAAGUCAGAGACCAAGGAAACUGCGCUUCCAGCUGGGCGGUAUCUGUGGCUUCGGCUUUCACGGACCGUCUUUGCAUUGCAACCGACGGACAGUUCACUAAGAAGCUCUCGGCUCAGCACAUCAUGUCUUGCGGCGACGACAAGCAAGCGGGCUGCCAAGGGGGUUCGGCGUACAGGGCUUGGGAGUUCACCAAAAACCACGGUGUAGUCACCGGUGGAAAUUUCAAUUCCAAAGAGGGCUGCCAACCGUAUCGGAGAAGGUAUUGCGAUCAUGCGGGAGAUCUUAGCAUGAAAAACUGCUCGACCCUCGGGCCAAUGCGACCGACUAUUUGCCAGAGAAAAUGUUUCAACAGCCAAUACAACGUGGACUAUGAAUCGGACUUGCAUAAAACUUCUGAAGUAUACAUGACUUCGUGGACGAAUACGACGCAGAUCCAACAGGAGAUCAUGACUUACGGACCGGUGACGGCCGCCAUGUAUGUCUAUGAAAACUUCAUGAACUACAAGACGGGUGUUUAUAAAGAUACCACCGGCGAACUCAUCGGAUAUCAUCAUGUGAAACUGAUCGGCUGGGGCGUCGAACAAGACCAAGACGGUAGCACCGAAUACUGGUUGGCAAUGAACUCUUGGAACUCUGGUUGGGGCGACCGGGGACUGUUUAAAAUCUUAAGAGGUUACAACUUUUGUUCCAUUGAACUUUUAGUAAUGGCCGGCAUGGUCGAACGACGCUAAACGUUGACACUAUGUCCUUUUUUUUUUUAAUGUACAGUACAACAGUAUUAUUAUUAUUAUUAUUAUUUAUUGGUAAUGUUAAGAUUAAAACUAGUCGAGUAAAAUAAAUUACACUAUUUUA